CUCAUGAUCUCAAUUAUUGAAAUUAUAUUUUAAUCAUUAAUCAACUUGAAUACUAUGUAGAUUACACUGUUAGUUCGUAAUAUCACAAUUAUGUAAUGUUGAGAUUAGAUGUAGGGUAAUCAGUAAAUUGAAAAAUACGGUCUAUUAUUUUGUAAAUUUUGAUUGUCUGAGAAAGUUGAAGGUGGCUAAAUCACGACUGAGUUAUUCCAUUCCAAUAAUUAUUGAACUGGACGAUAAUGAUGAUUAGUGAUUAAAAACCGCUAAAAAUCAAUCACAAUGGAAUAGAUGCAUCCAUCAUUUUUUAUUCCCCUGAAUUUUAAGAUCCAACAUAACACUACGCUUUUGAUUACCCAUUCAUGUCGUUUUUCGAUGUGAAUUUUUUAUAUUUAUUCAAUUAUCUACUGAUUUAGCUCUUUUCUAUCCCAUCUUGUUAAUUUCGCCGUCCUACGAUAAUUACCAAACCUCGAACCUAUUAUCUUUUGUCUUGAGUGCCCAACGCGUUAUCCAAUUAUGUAGAUAUAGUUAAAAUAAAGGCAUUUUAAUAUGUAAGAUUUACUUUUAGUAUGAUACGUUAAGUGACUUUUUUUAUGAUUUCAUCGUUUAAUUAGAAAAAAAAUGAACUUAAUUCUUAACAGAUAAAUACUUUGAUUCAGCUGAAACGCAGGUAUUUAUUCUGUAGUCUACCACGUUAGAAUAAAAAAAAGAAUGGAAAUAUCCUAGAUGUCAGUAUGAAAUAAUAACUAAGUGUGAAAUUCGAUCGAAAAAUUUAAAUUGACGGAUGUUAUUAGCGAUAUUUCUAAUGUUUAGUAGAUGUAUUUCCAGUACUUUUAUAUAUUUUCUUCAGUCAUUUAUUGAGUGCUGCGCAGCAGAGUGUAAUUAUAAUUAGAGAUUAUGUUUCGAUCCUUGGCUGCCAUCAUAUAUAAGUUUAUGAUCCGGGCUUCCUCACACUGACAUGUGCACGGCAAACAAAUGUGCAUAAUUCCAAAGGCUUGAAAUGAACUCUUUGGUCAAAUUGCCUCCUGAUAUCUAGGGCUCACCCACCAAAGAGCUGGAUACCUCACAUCUAUUGAACAUUGGAAAAUUUGCGGAUAACCCCAGCCUUUUAACUUCAAUACAAUUAAUGAUUUCGAUAUUUUGAGCUUUUCGUCAAAAUUCAAUUAUUUUUAUAAUGAAACCAAUCUAUGAUUCAAUAAUCUUAAAAAAAUGAACCAAUUAUUUGAAUUAUAGUAAAGUAUUUUAUUUAAAUAUUAAACUUACUGACUAAUAAACCUGAUGAGUGAUUAAAUCUUUGUCUAUCAGAGAACAUAUGACAAACAAAGUUCCUUAUGAUGAGAGUAUACUAGAAAGAAUAAAAUAGCUUUCAUUAAACUAGCUGAAAUAACCUGUUGAGUCAAUCAAGAUCUGGUGUGAUGUAAUCACCAUAGUAUACAUAUAAUUGAUUAAAGUUGUGAACCAAAUAUAAAUUAUUGAUUCUCAUCUCAAUGACUCAAUUUCAUUAUGAUCGCAUAAAGACACAGAUAUCCUGAACUUGGCCACUUGUAAAGCAUCGACUGCUCCUUAGUCACAAACUAUGGUGAAAAUAAUAUCAAAUAUUUCAUGUUUCUUUGAAAACUUGUUUUUGAAUAGUAACAUUUUUUAAUUUAGUGUUAUUCAUUCCAUCGUUUAUACGGUUCACCUACUUCAUUAAAUUUAGCUCAGAGUUGAGAUGAUUAGUUUUAAUACACUGAAAGCUUUACAAUGAUAUUCUUAUAAACAGGCUGUAAAACCAAGCUAAAAUCAAUUUUCUAUUAUCUGUUAAAAGUCGACCUAACAAUCAUGAAUAAUAAAUACUAAUUUUGGCCUGAAUAGCAUUACUACAUAGCUUGGGACACCCUUGAAGAAUCUACCCGCGACUAACAAUUUAUCACUUUGAACACGUGGUCUUCAUUUAGGAAGGCUACAUCUCUCUGCAUGUUUCAGAGUAACAUUCAGGGAUUUUAUGGAAUAAUAAAGCGUAUCUAAUACAUUUGAUAAGAUGUCUAUUACUGAAAUUACCGUGUUGACAAAUGGUAUGAAGUGACUAUAUUAAACUAACAACAUAAGCUAUAACACUCUUUCUAAUAUUAGACGGAUGGCAUUUCUGUGUUUGAUAUAUUAAAAUAAUAACCGUACAACUGUUUAAUUCAUUAUCACUGUCUAAUCUAAAUUAGUUCGAAUAAUAAUUUUAAGAGAUUUGUUUAAUUCUUUUGAGUUAGUCGUCAGUAAAAUCUGGGAUCAUAUUUCAUACUAUUUGGUACUCGUCCGCAGAAAGUAACAACAAUCUUAGGGGGACUGAUGCUCUGUUAUGUGGGAUACAAAUCGAAAUCACCCAACUUCAAUGUCUCAUACAUCACCACUGAACCAUUCAGGCUACAACCGACCUCCAAUAGGGUUUAAAUAUCUACAAAUGACGGAUUACUGAGUAAUCACCAAUAUCCAAUUUGUCUAGUCUUCUUUCAAUCACGCAGUUUCGAAUCAUUCAGUGACUAUCAGUUUAAUCAAUAUUGCAGGUACACAUUUCUAACCAAUACCAACUAACAUGAAGCUUAGGUUUAUUUUUAACAGACUUUCCAAGAAUAACCUUUUAUUGUAAAUUUCUUGAUUUAUACAAAAAUACAGUAAAAUGAACAGUGUAUCAUUAUGAUAAAAAUGAACAACUUUCGGUUUUCCCUUUUUAAAUAUUUAACACAAUUAAUGUUUAAUUUUUAGUCUCAUAAAAUGAAAAGAAGAUAAUUGAACUAAUGUUAAUCAAAAUAAAGCUUGAAGGAAAACGAGACAGAGAUCAAGAACAAAGUGUACUUGAUUGGAUAGAGGCCGUACUUGGCACCAAGGUGGACCGUUCUAAACCAUAUGAAGAGGUACUGAAAGAUGGAGUGCUACUUUGCAAAGUUAUCAAUAAACUAAAACCUGGUAGUGUGAAGAGAAUCAAUGAGAACGCUACUAUGCCAUUUAAAAUUAUGGAAAAUAUUAAUGCAUUUCAAGAAGCAAUUAAGGCAUACGGGGUACCUACUGCUGAUGUUUUUCAAACAGUCGAUUUAUUUGAGAAAAAAGAUAUUGCUCAAGUGACACAAUGUAUUUAUGCUCUUGGAAGAACAUGUCAAACACAUCCGGAAUACAAUGGCCCUACUUUAGGUCCAAAAUUAGCUCAAGAGAAUAAACGUGAAUUCACUGACGAACAAUUACGUGAAGGCGCGAAUGUGAUUAGUCUACAAUAUGGUACAAAUAAAGGUGCUUCACAAGCUGGCAUGACAAUGGGCAAACAAAGAAUGAUUCUUGAUUAA